AUGACUUUUUCUUUUAGAUAUACGGAUUGUGGAAGUGAAGUAGAGAGACUCUAUAAUCAUCACAUUUGCCUUAAAAGUGGAAAUUUGGCGAGCUAUUUCGGAAUAACCAAAGAUCCUACUUCAAAUUAUGCGUUCGUGAUGAAAUAUUAUGAGCGUGGUGAUUUUAUAUUUGUACCUCGAGGUUCCGGAUUGGAAAAAUAUUAUUGA